AUGGUAGUUAAAGUCGGUUCAGGUGAAAUCGAUGAUCUAUCAACAUUGAAUGUUCUUGAUGAAGAAAGUCUUUUACGUGAAUUACGUGCGAGAUAUAAAAAAGGAAUAAUCUAUACAUAUAUUGGAGAUGUAUUGAUUGCUAUUAAUCCAUUUAAACAAUUAAAUAUCUAUGAAAAACAGCAACAUGAUCUUUAUAAAGAUGUUCAAAGUCGAAAUCAGUUAACACCACAUAUUUUUUGGGUUGCUGAUCAAGCUUAUAGAAAACUUUGUUUAUCAAAACAAACACAAUGUAUUGCUGUUUCAGGAGAAAGUGGAGCUGGUAAAACUGAAUCAACAAAACUUAUGGUUUCACAUAUAAUUCAUUGUUCAAGUGAUAUUAGUGAUCGUGAAUUACAAAAUCGAAUUAUUGAAACAUCACCAUUACUUGAAGCAUUUGGUAAUGCUCAAACGUGUAUGAAUCAAAAUUCAAGUCGAUUUGGAAAAUAUCUUCAAUUAAAUUUUACGAAUACAGGUCGAAUUGUUGGUGCAAAAGUUUAUGAUUAUUUACUUGAAAAAUCACGUGUUGUUCAACAUGGUCCUGGUGAACGUACAUUUCAUUUUUUUUAUUAUUUAUUUGCUGGAUUAGAAAAAGAAGCGUUAGAAUAUUUUUAUUUGGAUGAUCCUGAAACUUAUAGAAUUUUAAAAGAUCCAUGUGGUGGAAAAGUAUUUCCUAGUCGAACGGAUUUUAAACAUUGUAGACAUAUGUUCAACACACAAAAAGAUGUUAUGAGAAGAGUCGGUUUUACUGAUGAAGAUAUUAAUAUGGUAUUUACUAUUCUUUCGGCAAUACUUCACUUAACAAAUAUUCGAUUUUCACAUGAUGAUGAAACUGAUGGAGUUUAUAUCGAAGAUGAAUAUCCAUUGGAAGUUGUUUGUACUCUUCUUGCACUUGAUCAAGAAAUUCUUACUAUGGCACUUAUUUCAACAUUCAGUACAACGAAAGGUGAACGUGUUAUAAGUCUGAAAAAUUCUGAUCAAGCAAAUGAUUGUCGUGAUGCAUUAGCGAAAGCUUUAUAUGAACGAUUAUUUUCAUGGAUUGUUAAACAAAUCAAUACACUUUUACAACCUAAUCGACGACAUAAUCAAACUGAUGAUAAUAUAUAUCGUACAUGUUCAAUAUUAGAUAUGUCAGGUUUUGAAAAUUUUCAAGUGAAUAGUUUUGAACAAUUAUGUAUCAAUGUUGCAAAUGAACAUCUACAGUAUUAUUUUAAUGAACAUAUUUUUUUACAAGAAGAACAAGAUUAUCGAACUGAAAGUGUAUCAUGUGAAAAAGUUGAAUUUCAAAAUAAUGAAGAUUUAAUUGAAUUAUUUAUGGGUACAUUAGGAAUAUUGGCGUUACUUGAUGAAGAAUCUCGUUUUCCAAAAGCAAAUGAUGAAUCCCUUGUACAAAAAUUUCAUAGUCAUUGUAAAAAUCAUCCGAGAUAUAUUAAACCAAGAGGCAAUGAAACAGCCUUUGGAAUUCAUCAUUAUGCCGGAAAAGUUGUGUAUGAUGCUCGUGGAUUUUUAGAAAAAAAUCGAGAUAAUCUUAGUGCUAAUCUAAUUGAAUGUAUGGAAAAAAGUGGAAUUGAAUUAAUUAGUUAUUUAUUUACAGUUAAUGAUGAUACAAGUAGUCCACCCAUUACUUUAGGAUCAUCGGCUUCACCAUCGGGUAAUAUGAAUAAACUUAAAUCAACUACACUUCAUCCAAUGCGACGUCCAAAAUCUUUCGAUAUCGAACGUACUAAAGAGAAUUUUAGUCAAAAAACUGCUAAAUCUCUUCGACAAGAAUCACGUCCAUUUAAAUCUAAUACAAUUCAAAAAGAACGUUUUAGUCAAAAUACUGUUACUAUUCAUUUUAGGAAUUCUCUUGCUGAAUUACUCGAUAAAAUGAAAGAUGCUGAACCAUCUUUUGUAAGAACAUCAACAUUAAUAUUGAAUAAUGAAACUUCUUAUUUAUCAUUAUUAUCAAAUAUACAAAAUACAAAUAGUUGGCAAUCAAUUGAUGAUUAUACAACAAUACCAAAAUCAUAUGGUAUUGAUGAUGAACAAACAGGUUAUUGUCGUCUAGAUCGACAGGGUCAUUGGCUUCUUCUAUCACCUCCACCUCUUCUUCUCCAGAAAGAUACAAGUCAAGUUGUUACAUAUUAUGAUAAUAGACGUUUAUCAAGAGAUUCAAAGAUUCAACAAAUUGAACAUAUAUUUCAUGAUUCAUGUGAAAGUUUAACUGUUUCACUUGAUUUACAUAUUCCAACUGAUGAAUUAUUGAAAGAUAAUGAUAAUAUUUAUGGACAAAAUAUAGUUGUAUGGAGAAAUAAAAUUCGACCACAUCGAAAUAAAUCAUUGGAUGAGACACGCAGAAUAUCGAGGUUAAGUCAUAACGUACAAUUAGACUCAACCGAUAGAUGUAUUAAACCCAAUCAUGGUAAAGUAGCUAAUCAAUUUGAUGAAGAAUUAGUUCAAGAACAAUUACGUUAUAACGGUAUUCUUGAAAUUUCUUAUAUACGAAAUCAAGGUUGGCCCGUUCGUUUUACAUUUGAAGAAUUCUUUAAACGAUAUAAAUUUAUUUCUUAUCCGCAAAAUAGUCCGAUAAGAAUUAAUGGAAUAACGUGUGAAAGAAUCUUUAAAGAUUUAUCUUUAACGGAUUAUGUUAUCGGAAAAUCUAAAGUUUUUUUAAAAUUGGAACAUUUGGAAAUUUUAAAUCAAUAUUAUGAAAAAUAUAUAUCGAAUAUAAUUAAAUGUCAAAAAGUUGUUAAAGGUUUUAUUGUACGAAGAAAUCUGUUACGUAAAGCAAAACAAUAUGCCAAUGAACGACAUAGUCUAUUAACUCAAGUACAUAUUAAUGGAAAACGAACAUUAGAAAAACUUAUAUCAUUACCAAAAGUUUCACCAAAGAAUAUCAAACAAUUAUCAUCAAAAAUGGAAAAUAAAAAUGGACGUUCAGGUCAUUUUAUUAAGAAAAAACCGAAAAAUCAAAAGAAAUUUACAUCUGAUGAACCUAUGCAAAUGAAUGAACAAGAACAUAAUGAAAUGUUAAGAGUAGCAAAAAAAUUACAAUUGAUUGAUAAUGAUGAAUUUGAUGGUAUCGAUCAUCGAAUAACAUCAUCUAAAAAACCUGAUUAUGAUAUGAAAAUUACUGAUGAUUUUAGAUCAUCAUUAGAAGGUUUAUCCGAACGUGAAGUUCGUAUUCUUGUUCAAGAUGAAUUUACUCCAUUAACAAAUAAACAUGGUCAACAUAAAAAUUUUCCUAUGCAAGCAAAUAUUCAAGCAGGUUCAGGAUUAGCUAGUACAACAACAUCAACACCAGAUAGUCCGUUAAGAGUUCAUGAAGGAGUACUUGCUGCAAUGGCUGCUAAAAUACCCAUUGCACCAACAAUGAGUUUAGCAACAGCUGAACAAUUAAUUCGAGAAACAAAAGUUGCAGCAACAAGUGGAGAUUUAUUUAUGACUGAUUGGGCAGUUGGACAAGAUGAAAAGAAACAAAGAAAAGGUACACGUUCAAAAUCUGAACCAAGAAAUAUCUUAAGUGAUUUACAUGAUGAAAAUAUGUUAUCAGAACAAAAACGUGAUAUGAUUAAAAAAAUUCUUAUGUUACAAAGACAAAAAUUUAAAGAUAAUCAAGCACGUAAAACACUAAAACCUAAUGAAUUUGAAAAUUCAAUAUAUAGUUUUGGUCAUAUGAAUCAAUCAUCGAAAAUUGAUGAUGAACAACCGUUAUUCGAAGAAGAUAAUUCAGAUUGUUGGGAUGCAGCUAGAACAAUGAAUGUUCAAGAAGCAUAUGAAAAAACAAUUCAUUGUUAUCGUUUAUCAAUGCGUUUAUUAAAAAUUGCUACAUAUGUUGUACUUAAUAUUGGUGUUCUGUUAACAGCACUUGUUAGUAAAGGAGCUUUAUUACUUAUGACAAACUCAGUAGCUAAAGUACAAGAAACACCUUAUCAAGAACGUUGGGUUUGGAUGUUAUUGAUAUCAGUAUGUGCUCCAUAUCUAUUUACAUUUGUUGAUAGUCUUGGUAAAUGUUUAUUUGGUAAUAAACCAUGGCCGACAGUGAAAAUCUUUACUGUUGUGUUUUUUAUUGAAACUCUUCAUAGUUUUGGUAUAGCAAUAUUUGUCUUUCAUAUUUUACCAAAACUUGAUGCAGCAAGAAGUUUAUUAAUAAUGAACGCUGUAUGUCUUGUACCGGCUUUUUUAAAACUCUUUUUAACGAAAUCAAAUUCAUCAAUUGUUCGACGAAGUCUUUUAUUUCUUAUGGAUUUUUUUGCAUUUGCUAUGCAAUGUUCAUGUGUAGGAAUUGCAUUAGCAUCGAAAUUUUUAAAGAAUGAUGCAUCAAUGACUAUUCAAACAACUUUAUCAUCAUUAUUUUUACCAACAACUACAAAUCCAAUACUAUUAUUAAAUCGACAUCGACGACAAGAUGAAUUUAUGAGUAAUGGAGCAGAUUUAUUAGGUCCGGAUAUGAUUGGAAAUAGUGAAAGUAUUUUAUUUACAACACCUAUUAGUAAUAUGAGUUCAAUUGAUCAAAAUUUACAAACAAUUUUAGCUGGAUUUCAUAUUGAAUGGGAAUUACCUGUUGCUUUAAUACUUGUUUCACUAGCUUGGUGGGAAAAUUUUGUUGAUCGUGAUAUAAAAAUUGGUGGUCGUACGUUAGUUCAUAUGAAAUUAUUAAAAGAAAAUAUUAUUGCAACACGAUCAAAAACAUCAAUUAUAAUAACAUGUUGGAAAAUUCUUGUUACUAUUUUAUUUGCUUAUAUAUUUCAUCAUGGAAUAUUUAAUACAUCAGUUGUUUUUCCAACAAAUAGUAAUACUGAACAAUUAGAAGAUCCAUUACCAAAAUUAUCUUCUGGACAAAAUUCUUGGGCAGCAUUAGGUUUUGAUCAACAACCAUCUCAAGGAAUGUUUCCUAUUUUACCACCACGUGAACGUCGUUCAAUUGUCAAUACAUCUCUAUUUAUGAAACGAAAUAAAAGACAAUUAGAUAAUGAUUUACCAUCAAAUUUUGCCUAUGAUGAAGACGGAUUAAGUUCCGUUGGUGGAGGAAAUAAUCCAGGAGGAGGUGGUGAAGGAAGAGGAGAAGAAUCAAAUUCCAAAGAUCGUUGGAUUAUUUAUUUAACUCCAAUGAUAUUAAAAGUUAUAUCAGACGCAUUAUGUUUUUAUAUGGGUCGUUUAGCAUGUAAACUAUGUAUGCAACGAAUAUGUUUUGCUUUACCAAUAACAUUAGUGACACCAUUAGCAUUAACAAUACUACUUGUUAUGUGUUCUGUUGCACCAAAAUCGACUGUUUUUAUUGAAAAUUUUCUUUUUUGGAGUUGUUACGCUGAUUAUGCUAAAGAAUCAUUUAAAUGGCAAGUUAUUUGUGGUUUAUUUCUCUGGUGGCUAUCAGAAUUAUGGAUUGGUGGACAUAUUUGGUUUGGUAAAAGUCAACGUUUAGCAUUUACAGAACGAUUGUUUGUUUCACCACGUUAUUGUGCAACAUUACUUGAACAAUCUUUAAUGAUGAAUCGACGUCGAAAUGAACGUGAUGAAUUAUUAACAGGUACAUUUGAUGAAAUGGUUACAACAAAUGCUGAAACAGACUUUGAUGAACAAAGUAUUGAAGAAUUAUCAAUGGAAAAAAAGUUAAGUGCAGAUGUACAUACAAAAAUAUAUUCAUGUGCAACAAUGUGGCAUGAAACAGAAACUGAAAUGUUACAAUUAUUAAAAUCAAUUAUGAGAUUGGAUAGUGAUCAAUGUGCUCGUCGAACAGCACGAAAUUAUUUACAUCUGAAAGAUCUUGAUUAUUAUGAAUAUGAAGGUCAUAUAUUUUUUGAUGAUGCCACCGAAGAAGACGAUAAUAACGAACAAGUACCAAAUAGAUUUGUUCAACAACUACUCGGAGUUGUUGAUCGAGCUGCAACUGCGAUUCAUCAAUGUCCAAUGAAAAUUCCUCCACCAUUUAAAACUCCAACACCAUAUGGUGGACGAUUAACAUGGGUAUUACCAGGUGGAAAUUUUCUGAUUGCACAUAUAAAAGAUAAAACAAAAAUUCGUCAUAAAAAACGAUGGAGUCAAGUAAUGUAUAUGUACUAUUUACUUGGUUAUCGUUUGUUUGGUGAUUUGAAUAUAAUUGAAAAACUAUACAAAAGAAAACGUAAAAAGAAUUCAUCCAAAAGUAAAUCAAAAUUAUUUAAAGGUUUUGGAAAUUUAUUAAAUAAUAUGGAUAAUAAAAAACGAAUACAAAUGGAAAAUACAUAUUUAUUAGCACUUGAUGGUGAUGUUGAUUUUCAUCCAGAAGCUGUACGUUUAUUAGUUGAUCGAAUGAAAAAAAAUAAAAAAGUUGGUGCAGCUUGUGGACGUAUUCAUCCCAUUGGAAGUGGUCCAAUCGUAUGGUAUCAAAAAUUCGAAUAUGCUAUUGGACAUUGGCUUCAGAAAGCAACUGAACAUAUAUUAGGUUGUGUGAUGUGUAGUCCAGGUUGUUUCAGUCUUUUUCGUGGUUCAGCAUUAAUGGAUGAUCAUGUACUUCGUACAUAUUGUACUAAAUCAAUUGAAGCUCGACAUUAUGUACAAUAUGAUCAAGGUGAAGAUCGUUGGUUAUGUACACUCUUAUUACAAGAAGGUUAUCGAGUUGAAUAUUGUGCUGCAUCCGAUGCCCUUACUUAUGCACCGGAAUCAUUUCAUGAAUUUUUUAACCAACGUCGUCGUUGGGUACCAUCAACUAUUGCAAAUAUUAUGGAUUUUCUUGCUGAAUAUAAACGAAUUGUAAUAGUUAAUGAAAGUAUCUCAUACUUAUAUAUAGUCUAUCAACUUUUCUUAAUGGUUUCAACUGUACUCGGUCCAGCAACAGUACUUCUGAUGAUUAUUGGAGCAUUUAAUGCUUGUUUUGGUACAAGUCUUUGGCAAUCAAUGUAUAUGUCUGUUCUUCCUGCUUUCUUUUAUCUCUUAUUAUGUUUUCAUACAACAACUGAUUUUCAAAUUCGUGCAGCCGCAUUUUUUUCUGCUGUUUAUGCAAUAAUAAUGAUGUCAGUUAUUGUUGGUACAACUAUUCAAAUAGCUGAAGAUUCUUGGACAUCACCGAAUGCUGUUUUUCUCAUGUUACUAUUUUCGAUAAAUUUUAUUGCUGCGCUGAUGCAUCCACAAGAAUUUUGGUGUAUUGUACCGGGUUUAUUAUAUUUUUUAUGUAUACCAAGUGGAUAUUUGUUUUUAAUUAUUUAUUCACUUUGUAAUCUUAAUAUUGUUUCAUGGGGUACAAGAGAAGCACCAAAAAAAGUUAAAAAAAAUCAAAGUAAAGAAGAAAUUGAACGUGCAAGAAUGCAAGAAUUAACACAAGUUAAAAAGAAAUCUGCAGGAUUUUUUAAUCAAGUAUUUGCAAAUUUCAAUUUUAAAAAAUAUGAUGAAAGAGUUCGUUCAUAUGCACGUAAAUGGCUUGGUCUUGAACGAACUGGACUUAAUGGUAUUUUAUUAAAACAAAUUUUAGGUGCUAUGGAACGAAUGGAAAAGUGUAAAUUUGAUGAAGAAAUGGAAGCUGUAGCAACACAAGGUAUAUAUCCAACAGCUGGUAAAACACAAGUUGGAUCUGAUACCGAUGCUAAAUAUGGUUUAAUGCAAUUAGCAGCUCGUGCUGCUACUCCUCAAACAACGGGUGGACUAAUGAAUCGUGCUAGUUAUCCACAAAUAGAUCCUCAACAACAAUUAAUCUAUCGUGGAAUAAAUAAUGCACGAAAUACACCCUAUGGACAAAUUAUGUCAUAUGCCGGUAUUUCACGUCCAAUUGAAUCACCACAAGUUGUUAAACGUGAUGAACUAGUUAAUCCUGCUUGGAUAUUUCAUGAAUCAUUAUUAGAUUCAGAAGUUGUUAUGCUUGAUCCACGUGAAGUGAAAUUUUUUAAAGAAUUAAUUGAACGUUAUUUAUAUCCAUUAGUUGAAGAUAAAGAUCAUCAAAAGAAAAUGGUUAGUGAUCUUAAAUCAUUACGUAAUAAUUGUUGCUUUGUAUUCUUUAUGAUAAAUACAUUAUGGAUUGUUAUUAUAUUUUCUUUUCAACUUGUUUCGGAACGUAUACGUGAUUAUGUAUUUAUACCAAUAAAACGUUUACAUAAUGAACCAUUACGUUUUGAACCACUUGGUUUUGGAUUUUUAGUUUUUUUUGCAAGUAUUUUACUUGUACAAUUUAUUUCAAUGUUAUGGCAUCGCUAUGGAACAUUAUUACAUUUAUUAGCAUCAACUGAUUUAAAACUUGGCCGAAGAACUCACGGGAAAAAUGGAAGUAGUCAUCGACGUGAAGAUUUUACAAUAGAUAAUGUUGAAGAUGCUGUUGAACAAGUUAAAGUUUUACAACAAUUAAAAGGUUUUGAUGAAGAAGAUUUACCUGAACCGGACUAUGAUGUUGAUAUUGAUGAUGAUGAUAAGCAAGCAACUGAACCAGAUUUAUCAACAACAGGUCUUGUCUAUCGUACUAAUGGACCACGAUUUAUCAAAAAUUCAACAUGUACAUCACAACAAUGGAGUGAUAUAGCUAAAGUUAAUGAUAUGCAAAGAAAUUUAGAUACAACUGAUCAUAGUGAAAUAAGUCAAAUGGCUGGUUAUGUAUCAGGUUCAGUUAAAACAUAUGGAAGUAAUUAUGAAGCAAUAAAACGACGUCAAAUAUCAAAUAAACGUCAUUUAUAUAAUAAAUCACUUGAUCAUGUUUUUAAAUCACGUUAUCAUGCAUUGACACAACAACAACAUCAUCAAACGCAUAAAAACCCACGAGUUAAAUUAACUGAUGUUUUUCAACAGCAACAACAACAAUUAGUUUCACCAAGAGCUAGACGUACAUCAAGUGCAUUAACAGUACGUGAUAGUGUUAAUGGUGUUAAUAAUCAACAAUCGGCAAUAACAAAAAAACAUCGAAGGAAAUUUAAAGAGCGACAUUUAGAACAUUUGUAG